AUGACGCGCCCUCGGCUGUCUAUUCCGAGUUGCCGCUGCGAAUGCGUUGAUCGCCUCGGUUUCGACUCGCGUGCAUCUUCCUCAUCUGGGCUUUUCUCUUAUACGUCGCAAGGUUAUUAUGAGAAGAAGCUGCUCAACGAUCUCCUGGACGAGUACAACACACUAGAGCGGCCGGUGGAAAACGAAACGGACGCGCUUCGGCUCAGCUUCGGGCUGACGCUGAUGCAAAUUAUCGACGUGGAGUGGAUCGACGUGAAUCUCAAGUGGAAUGAGAGCGAGUAUGGAGACGUGAAGGACCUUCGCAUCCCACCGAGGCGCAUCUGGACGCCGGACGUUUUAAUGUACAACAGCGCUGACGAGGGCUUCGACGGCACCUUCAAGACGAACGUGGUUGUUCGGAGCAACGGGUCUUGCUUGUUCGUCCCUCCCGGGAUUUUCAAAAGCACUUGCAGGAUAGAUAUCACGUGGUUCCCGUUUGACGACCAGCAAUGCGAGAUGAAAUUCGGAUCUUGGACUUAUGACGGAUUCCAAAUCGAGCUGAACCUGAAGGACGAGAAUGGUGGUGACACCAGUAACUACAUCACUAAUGGAGAAUGGGAUCUUAUCAACGUGCCGGGAAAGAAGAACGUGAUGACGUAUGCUUGCUGCCCAGCACCGUACAUCGACAUCACAUUCGUCAUCCACAUUCGACGAAGAACUUUGUACUACUGCACGAAUUUGAUCGUCCCUUGCGUGCUCAUCUCAUCCAUGACCCUGCUGGGGUUCACGUUGCCACCCGAUUCCGGGGAGAAGCUCACCCUCGGCAAGUAUCCCUCUCCAUUCAUUCAUGACGCAUAA